AUGUAUUCCAGAAACAUCAUUCCAGCUAUGUUACUUGCCACGGGUAUUUUGGCACAAGAUAUGGUAUAUACCUAUACCCCUGACACAAUUUCGAAUUUGGACUUGUACAAUGUCAGCAAUAACGCACCAUUCCAAGUCUACAAUGAAUCUUUCCUUUCAAUACUUGGAGACUCGCCAAUCAUUAGCAAUGUCUUGAAUUCCUCGAAUUCUUCCUUUCCCCAAUUUCAUGAAGCAGCCAUCUUUUUCUCCGAGUCAACUCUUUUUGUCACGAGCAAUCAAUACGACUCCAUUACUACUUCUCCAUCCACCAAUAACAAAACUAUCUCGAUCACUCGUCUGGAUAAAACCGACGAUUCAUGGUCAUCUACUAUUAUCAAACCAGAAGGAAUCAUCACUCUUGCAAAUGGAGGAACGAAAUAUAAAGACGGCCUCGUGAUUUGCGAUCAAGGAUCCAUGACUGCACCAGGCGGACUAGUCUUUAUGAAUGCCACAGCUCCAUAUAUCACGAAAACCCUCAUCAACAAUUACUAUGGUGUGGAAUUCAACUCACUCAAUGACGUUCAUGCGACAAGUGACGGAGCCUUAUGGUUCACCGAUCCAUCCUACGGUGCAUGGCAAGGAAUCCGGCCCCAACCUCAACUUCCUAACCAUAUCUACCGCUACAUGCCAGACACAAACGAUAUCCGUGUUGUCGCAGACGGGAUUCAGGAACCCAAUGGUAUCACAUUUAGUCCCGAUGAGAAAACCGCAUAUAUUACCGACGGAACCGGUAAUUCCACGGCACCAACAGCUCCACGAGCAAUCUACGCAUUCGACGUGAUAACCCGAGGUGGCCAGCCAACUCUUGCAAAUAAGAGAAUCUUCGCCGUACCUCAAAAAGGACUUCCAGAUGGUAUCAAAACCGAUGCUGCAGGAAAUGUCUACGCGGGAUGCGGAGAUGGAGUGAAUGUUUGGAACGAGGGAGGCAUCCUAUUGGGGAAAAUUGUCGUAGUUGGUGGCUCUGCGAACUUCAUUCUUGGUAACGAGGGAAAUAAAACACAAGUGUGGCUAUUGAACGAAGAUAAGUUAUGGCAAGCUAGUUUGGGUUUGGUCAACGGCAUUGAUGGGAUUGAUUCUGCCUCAGUCUCAGUCUAA